UAUUUCGUGGGACAGUACUACCAAGUGCUUCAGCAACAGCCGGAAUUCGUUCACCAGUUCUACUCCGACGCCAGCACCAUGCUUCGCAUCGACGGCAACACCAGAGAGACUGCCACUGCAAUGCUGCAAAUCCAUGCACUUAUUAUGUCGCUCAACUACACGGGAAUCGAGAUCAGGUCGGCUCAUGCCCUGGAAUCUUGGAGUGCAGGCAUUAUUGUUAUGGUGUCAGGCUCUGUGCAGCUGAAGGAUUUCAGUAGCAGGAGGAAAUUUGUGCAAACUUUUUUCCUUGCACCCCAAGAAAAAGGUUAUUUUCUGCUAAAUGAUAUUUUCCAGUUCAUUGAUGACGAUCCAAUUCAUCAUCAGCAGGCAGUCAUGUUAACCCAGAACAAUCGUGAUUCAAAAAGAAAUGCUCUGACGACUGUCCCUGAACCAGUGGCUAAUUAUUUGCUGGGAGGAGAAAUCCACACAAGAGAGUUUGUGGCUCGAGAUGUCAAAGAAAGUGGUCCGGCUGACAAUUAUGGCUUUGUUGAGCAACGUUUACAGCAAGUUGCUGAAUCCGAAAGUAUCCUGGACGAAAAUUCUGCAGAUCAGACAAAUGGUUCACUUCCGAAUACCUUGAACUCUCUAGAAGACCAACGAUCUUUAUCUGUUGAGGAAUCUAUUGGGGAGCCCCAAAAACACACAUAUGCUUCUAUUUUACGUGUUGCUAAAGGACAUCUCAUGCCCUCGGUAGCUUCUCAGAGCUCUGUCAACAAGAGUUCUCCGUUGGCUUCGGACUGGAAUCAUUCUCAAGAGUCUAAUGCUCAGCAACCCGCUGGAUCAUUGAAUACAAUUGAAAAAUCUGUUACAGAGGCAGGAGAUGAGGUUGGCCCAUUAGAUGAUGAAGGUGAAAUAAAAUCUGUUUAUGUGAGAAAUUUACCGCCUAACGUGUCUCCUUCUGAAAUCGAGGAGGAAUUUAAGAAUUUCGGUAAACUCAAGCAACCUGAAGGCGUGGUCAUUAGGAGUCGCAAGGAGGUUGGCGUUCGCUAUGCAUUUGUUGAGUUUGAAGACAUUACUGGUGUUCAGAAUGCAGUCAAGGCCAAAACGGUUCAGAUUGCUGGGCAGCCAGUAUACAUUGAAGAGCGGAGACCAAACAGCAACAUCCCAUCUCGAGUAGCGAUUGGAAGGGGUAGAGGAAGGGGCAGCUACCAAGUAGAGGCUUCGAGAGAUCGUUUUGGUGCUCGGAAUUUUGGACGGGGAGGUGGUCAUGAUGGAGGAGACCGAGACUACAACAGACCUAGGGGAAAUGGUUUCUACAGACCAACUGAGCGACAAGACAGAGGAAACUCAAGUCACCAAGCAACAGGAAGUGGGGCAGAGUUGACGAGCUAGAUAUUAUAAAGAAUAAAAUUUGGUUCCGGCAGGUUCAACGUAGCAGAUCACAUCUCAUUGAUUAGCUUAAAGAACUAUAUGAUUAGAAUUCCGAGCGAAAGUUUAACCUAGAUGUAUUGGAAAAAAAAUUUCUCUAUUCUUUUUUCUUUAAAAGGGUUUUCAUGUCUUUUUCCUUUUCUUCAACUUCAUAAUUUAUCAAGUGAUGUGCUUGCAAUUUUGAGCUCA